AGCCCUUGCUCUGUAGCUGCGCUGGUGCUUGGAUAGCGCGCAUGCGCAGUGAGUAGGAACUGAGCAUGCGCGGUGCGGACGGUGACGAAGGGAGGCGGGGCCAGCCUCUUGGGUCGUCCAAACACAGUCAAGAGAAUGGCUGUUUCUGCGAGAAGAAGCAGGUUCGAGGAGAUGGAAGCAGGGCUGGAGAUAGAGCGGCGGGCGAGGGAGAGGCAGGAGCGAGAGCAGGGGAAGGGGAAACGGGUGUCCACUCUUCACAGGGAUUCUGACUUUACCCUCGAGUCUCCGGACGGGCGCGUCUCUCCCCCUCCCGCUCCGGCCCCCUGGCGUCCACCGCCUCCGGUGCGGGGCGCAGCACUGCGGAGCAGCAAGACGGACGUGUCCGUGAGGUACGCACCGUGCCCGAGGUCUGACGGAAAAGAUAGACGAGUGAGGGGCGAAGGCGAGAGGGCGACGGAGCCAGCCCUGGGAGAGUUCGAACGAAGACUCUUGAACGCCAAGAGACUGGGGAAGGCGCCCAUGCCUAGCGUGGACAGUAUACCUUGGUACCACCCAUCCAUAUCUCGCCAUAUAGCAGAGAGUCUUUUGAUGCACACUGACAUUUUGAGUGGCACUUUUCUCCUCAGAAACAGCUCCAACUCUGACGAAUCACUCACUCUCUCUGUCAGGUGUAGAGCAGCCCUCCGCCACUACAGAGUUCACUGGGACGGUCGACACUUCUGUUUCGGUCUGGGGAAAUUCCCUGACGUCAUCAGCCUGGAGAACCACUUCUCUCAGCAGCCAAUGAUCAGUGGAGACUGUGGAGUGUUGGUGAAGCUGGCCCACCCCUACCCGCGAGGAGUGGUUGAACCUCACGACUAUCAGGAUGCACACGAAAUCUCUGGCAUGAUGGAGGCAACAAUUGAACUUCUCUCCUCUCCUUCCCUCUCGGUGAACUCCAAAGAGGGAUUCCUGACAAAACUGGGCUACCACAGGAAGAACUGGAAGAUUCGAUGGUUUACUCUCGUCAGAAAUGAACUAAAGUAUUUCAACACUAAAGACGACAAGAGUCCGCUGCGGGUCAUAAAUCUCGAGGAGGCGACUGCAGUGGGGAGAGAUGACACCAUGGGAAAACCUAACUGCUUCAGGUCCUCUCUCUCUCUCUCUCACAUACUUCUUGCAUGCCCUUAUGUUUUACGUAAAACUGCCACACUCACCUUCACUGAUGUUUUAGCUACAAGUCCUUAUUUUUAGUAAGGUUCUAUACAGACAGAGAUAAGUGAAGGGGAGGGAAGUUAGCUACAUUUUGCUUGUUUGUAAUGCUCCCUCCCUCCUCUCUCUUUAUGUUCAUGUCAACACUACUCCGGACUGGACUGACUAUUACAGACUGGUGUUGCCGUAUCGGGCGUUCUACAUGAUAGCCACGACUGAGGCGGAGGCUGAGGACUGGGUCACCUUCCUCAGAUGGAGGCUUGAGAACAAUCCAAGAUAGCCACACCCACAAUCGCCCAGACUGCCACACCCUCUUUCUGAACACCCUACAUUCUUCAACCAAUCAAACCUUUUAUUUUUAUCGUUGAGUAUGUUUGUGUACAAAUUAUAAUAAUAAUGAUGCAUCUAUAAUCGUACAUUAUUGAGCAGAGAAUAUGAAUGUAGCCUGUGUGAUACAAUAUACUAUCAAUCAUGGCUCCAAUAUGCAGAAUAUUAAUGUGUAAUUCGGGGUUAAACCGGCUCUGAUAAGAGAAGAAAUUUGAAUCAGCUGCGUACAGAUUCUGCAGCAGUUGUAUGGGCAUUGUUG